ACAGUUCAACUGUCCGAGGAGCAGAGAACAGUUUGUUUGAAACAUAUGUACUUACUCGACUCAGUCGCUAUUUUUACACCGAUAAGACGAAUUGCGUCUGAUUAGCUGCUGCUUUUAAUCACUUAAUAGAAUGCAUUGCACUAGAUUGGUUACUCGACUGGCAGGUUCAAGAUCAUGGACGACCAUCAACAACAGAUCAAUCGCGUGUCUAACAGCGCUAUCCGAAACUCACCAGAUGCUCCAGAAGACAUGCAGAGAUUUUACCGAUGCUGAAUUGGUGCCAAUUGCUGCCCAGGUUGAUCGCGAACAGUUCUACCCUGCGAAACAAGUUGCCAUGGCAGGGGAUCUGGGAUUGAUGUCGAUUGUGCUCAGUGAGAAGUACGGUGGAACCGGUCUAGACUAUCAAGCGUAUGCCAUCGCAAUAGAGGAGAUCUCGCGUGGAUCGCCAGUGAUUGGAGGAACGAUGUCUAUUCACAACACGCUCUAUCUGGGACUAUUGGAAAAGUUCGGCACAGAGGAGCAGAAACAGCAAUUUAUUCCCGGCUAUACGGAUGGCAAGAAAUUUGGAUGUUUUGCAUUAUCUGAACCAGGGAAUGGAUCGGAUGCUGGAGCAGCGUCGACCACUGCCACGUUGAAAGGUGACCGUUGGGUGAUUAAUGGAACCAAAUGUUGGAUAUCUGGCGGUUAUGAAGCAGGUAAUGCUAUCCUAUUUGCAACAACCGACAAAAGUUUGAAACACAAAGGCAUCUCGACGUUCAUAGUACCAAUGGACUCGAAAGGAAUUAGCCGUGGGAAAAAGGAAGACAAAAUGGGAUUAAGAGGGUCAUCAGUUUGUCAAUUGAUUUUCGAAGAUUGCGAGAUACCCAAAGAAAAUUUGUUGGGAGAACCAGGGUACGGAUUCAAGAUCGCCAUGCAAGGAUUGGACAGCGGGCGCAUAGGGAUAGCAGCUCAAGCUUUAGGAAUUGCUCAAGCUUCCUUGGAAUGUGCGGUGGACUAUGCAACCAAGCGAAUUGCAUUCGGUAAGCCGAUUUCCAAGCUUCAAGCUAUUCAAAUGAAGAUUGCAGAUAUGUCGCUGCGAAUUGAGUCCGCCCGAUUGCUAACGUGGCGAGCAGCUUGGCUCAAGGACAACAAAAAGCCGUUUACGAAGCAGGCUGCACAAGCCAAACUGGCCGCUUCAGAGACGGCUACAUUCUGUUCUCAUCAGUGCAUACAGAUUCUGGGUGGAAUGGGAUACGUGUCGGAUAUGCCAGCGGAGCGGUACUACCGUGAUGCAAGAAUAACGGAGAUCUACGAAGGCACGUCGGAAAUUCAACGUUUGGUUAUAGCAGGGCAGGUUAUCAAGGAGCUUUCGAGCUAAUAUCUUCUUCAAAUCUUGGGUAUCUCAUGUGGUGCAUAGGGUCGAAUUGGUGAAAAUGAUUAAAUAUAAUUCGCCUUGGAAUUAAAUAAAAAUAGACUUGAAUCGAAUGUCCUGAGAUUUUUAUAUGUUAUGGAAUCAGUACUUGAGACACAUCGGUCAGAUACACGUUGGUAACGCCAAACUGAUAUAAUUCAUAUAGUUCAUAAAAUUCCAACAAUGCCAAAUAGUUCAUAAAAUUCUAACAUGGAAAUUCAAUAAAGUUUUAUGUUGCUGAUUUGAA